ACACACUCUCACCCCACUCCCAAAAGCAGAAUAAAAGCCCACUCGCAUGCCUCUCCCUCUCUCCCUCUCACUCUCUUGCUUUGCCACUGCCACCCCUCUCCUCUGCCCCUCCAUUUUCACCUCCAUCUCUCAACUCUCUGUAUUAAAUUACUUGGUAACAAAAACAGAGCAAAACCCUUAAAAUACCAAAAAGGACAAAAACAAAAACAAGAAAGAAAGAAAGUAAAAACCCAUCCCAAAGACAAAAGAAGAAGAAAAAAACAUAAAACACCAUUAAAACAAAGAUGAAGUACAGACUGAGAAUCUAACCACCCCCUUCUCUUUCUCUUCCAAGUCCAUACCACAAUGGACUUAAUUUGAGAAACCAAGAAAAACCCACCAUUUUCCCCCCUCUUGUUUUGUCUUUAAUGGCGGCUCCAAGUGGGUUAAGUCCAGAACCACCACAACCACCAACAAGUACAGAAGUAUGUCAAUGGCUAAAGAACUUACCUUUAGCACCUGAAUACCGUCCAACACAAGCUGAAUUCCAAGAUCCAAUUGCUUACAUUUUCAAAAUUGAAAAAGAAGCUUCUCAAUAUGGAAUCUGCAAAAUUAUCCCUCCUGUCUUACCCUCUGCUAAAAAAACCACUCUUUCCAACCUCAACCGCUCUCUCUCCGCCCGUAACGGUGACUCUUCUGCCCCCACAUUCACCACACGGCAGCAGCAGAUCGGAUUCUGCCCCAGGAAACCUCGCCCUGUUCAAAAACCAGUGUGGCAGAGCGGUGAGACCUACACAUUUCAAGAAUUUGAAACCAAGGCUAAAAGCUUUGAGAAGAAUUAUUUGAAGAAGUUCUCUAAGAAGGGAGGUCUUUCUCCAUUAGAAAUUGAAAACCUUUAUUGGAAAGCUACUUUAGAUAAGCCUUUUGCUGUAGAAUAUGCUAAUGAUAUGCCUGGUUCUGCGUUUUCGCCGAGGAAAAAGGAGGGACAAGGAGGGGUUGUUGGGGAGGGAAUGUAUGUGGGGGAAACUGAGUGGAAUAUGAGGAGUGUUUCAAGGGCUAAAGGGUCCCUGUUGAGGUUUAUGAAGGAGGAAAUACCAGGGGUUACUUCGCCUAUGGUUUAUAUUGGGAUGAUAUUUAGUUGGUUUGCUUGGCAUGUUGAGGAUCAUGAUUUGCAUAGCUUGAAUUAUAUGCAUAUGGGUGCUGGGAAGACUUGGUAUGGUGUGCCUAGAGAGGCUGCUGUCGCAUUUGAGGAAGUUGUUAGGGUUCAUGGGUAUGGUGGAGAGAAUAAUCCUCUUGUUACAUUUGCUGUUCUCGGUGAGAAGACGACAGUAAUGUCACCUGAAGUAUUUAUCAGUGCAGGUGUACCAUGCUGCAGGUUAGUUCAAAAUGCCGGGGAGUUUGUGGUCACUUUCCCAAGAGCCUAUCAUUCAGGGUUCAGUCAUGGAUUCAACUGUGGGGAGGCAGCCAAUAUUGCUACACCUGAAUGGUUGACAGUUGCUAAAGAUGCUGCUAUUCGAAGAGCUUCAAUCAAUUACCCUCCUAUGGUGUCUCAUUUCCAGUUACUUUAUGAUCUUGCUCUUGAAUUUUGUACAAGAAUACCUGUGAACAUCAGUGCUAAACCACGGAGUUCAAGACUGAAAGAUAAGCAAAAGGGUGAAGGAGAAACACUGGUUAAAGAGCAAUUUGUGAAGAAUAUGAUGCAGAAUAAUGACCUGCUUCAUAUUCUUGGAAAAGGAUCUUCAGUGGUGCUUCUUCCACGAAGUUCUUCAGACAUUUCUGUUUGUUCAAACUUACGAGUUGGAUCCCAGCUAAGAGAUAACCCCACCCUUGGAUUAAGCAGCCAGAAGGAUUUUAUGAAAUCCUCAAAAAGCUCAGGUUCUGAUGACAUCUUGAUGGACGAGAACCAGGAAAUUAAUCAAGUGAAAGGCUUCUUUUCAGUGAAAGCGAAGUUUGCUUCUUUGUGUGAAAGGAAUAGGUUCUCCACAAUAAACGGAAAUGAAUGCACACAGAGUAUGAACAUGAGUACUGAAAGAGGUAGCCCCAUUCAUGGUGAUAAGCUGUCAGAUCAGAGACUGUUUUCAUGCGUCACAUGUGGAAUUUUGAGCUUUGAUUGUCUUGCCAUCAUUCAACCGAAAGAGGCAGCUUCUAGAUACCUCAUGUCAGCUGAUUGUAGUUUCUUUAAUGAUUGGGUCGUUGGUUCUGGAGUAACUAGGGAUGUUUUUACUGUUGCUGGUGGGAUUGCAAAUAUUCCUGAGCAGAAUUCCUCAAUGAGAUGGGUGAGAAAGAAUACCGUGGCUGGUUUAUAUGAUGUCCCUGUUCAAUCUCUUAAUUACCAAAUUCAGAUGGCAGAUCAAAGUGUUGAAGUGGCUUCCAGUUCUGCAAAACAGAUGGAGUCUUCUGCUCUUGGCCUAUUAGCUUUGAAUUAUGGAAAUUCGUCUGAUUCUGAGGAUGAUCAGGUUGAAGCAGGUCUAUCUUGCCAUGAUGAAACUAACUUCACAAACUGUUCAUUAGAAAGCAAAUAUCAGGGUCAGAGUUCUGCUUGCCCUUCUUACAAGCAGAAGUACUAUGAUGCUGAAACUGGUGGUCACCCUCUAUCUCCAUCAAAACAUGAUCAGCGGGGUGAUGUUCCUUUCAAAGCUAUUGAUAUGUAUCCAGAACAUGGAGAUAGGCCAGAUAAUUUCAAGGAUAGAAGUGAUGAUACUCUUGGAUGUUCUUUUGGAUUCCCAGCCAAUAACCCUGCUUGCAUUGAAUCAAAUGGUUUGGAUGGUAGAUACAGAGAUCCGGUUUCAAUACCACACAUGUCUUUAAAUUGUUCCCCAAUUGUCCAUGAUACUGAAAAAACAAAGUUUAACAGGCCUACUGUACCAAUAGAGAAUCCAGAUAUGCCAUUUACCCAAAGAUCUGAUAGAGACUCUUCGUGCUUGCACGUGUUCUGUCUUGAGCAUGCUGUAGAAAUAGAACAACAACUUCGUCAAAUCGGUGGAGUACAUAUAUUCCUUCUUUGCCAUCCAGAGUAUCCCAGGAUUGAAGCAGAAGCAAAGUCAGUGUCAGAAGAAUUGGGAAUUGAUCAUCUAUGGAAUGACAUUACUUUCAGAGAUGCUGCCAAAGAGGAUGAGGAGAGGAUCCAGUCAGCUUUGGAUACUGAGGAAGCCAUACCAGGGAAUGGGGACUGGGCUGUAAAGUUGGGGAUCAAUCUUUUUUACAGUGCCAACCUCAGCCGAUCUCCUCUUUAUAGUAAGCAGAUGCCAUACAAUUCAGUUAUAUACAAUGCCUUUGGUCGUGCUUCUCCAGUUAGUUCACCCCCAAAAUUUAAGGUUUAUGGAAGGAGAUCUGGGAAGCCAAAAAAAGUUGUGGCAGGGAAAUGGUGUGGAAAAGUUUGGAUGUCAAAUCAAGUUCAUCCCUUUCUAGUGAAAAGGGAUUUUGUAUAUCAAAAUCAAGAACAAGAACAAGAAAGAAGCUUCCAUGCUUUGGCCACUCCUGAUGAAAAGCUUGAGAAAAAACCACAAACCAUCCACAGAAAUGAAACCAGUAGAAAAUCUGGGAGGAAGAGGAAAAUAAUAGCAGGGAGCAGGACUGUUAAGAAAGUUAAGUGUCUGGAAGCAGAAGAAGCAGAUUCAGAAGACUCGGUGGGGGAUAAUUCUCAUAGGCAGCAUAUGAGAAUUCACAAUAGGAAAAACACUGAAGACAUUGAGAGAGAGAUUUCAUAUGAUCUAGUAGAGGAUAGCAAUCAGCAGCAUGGGAGCUACAGACGCAAAUGGGCCAAAUCUGUUGAGAGUGAUGAUGCAGUUUCAGAUGAUCCAUUAGCUGAACAUGUUCGUCAGCAGUAUAGGAGAAUGCGUAGAAGCAAGCAAGCCAAAUCUAUCAAGAGGGAAAAUACAGUUUCUUAUGCUUCAGUGGAGAACAAGUUUCGAAAGCAGCUUAGGAGAGUUCAUAGAAGCGACCAAGCCAAAUGUUCUGAGAGACGAUGUGUAGCUUCUGAUGACUCACUGGACGAUAACAGUGAUCAGUGGCAUGGGAGAGCUCCAAGAAGCACACUAGCAAAAUAUACUGAGAGGGAAGAUGCAAAUUCAGAUGAUUCACCAGAGGAGAGUUCUCGUUGGCAACAUGGGAGAGUUUCUAGGAGCAAACUUUUGAGAUAUGUCAAAAAGGAAAGUGCAAUUUCAGAUGAUUCAUUGGAGAAUGGCUUUAAACAGCACAACAAGAGGAUAUCAAGAGGCAAGCGAGCCCAGGUCAUUAAAAGGGAUGAUGUGGUUUCCGAUGAUUCAUUGGAUGAAAGUGCAUUUCAGCAGCUCCCGAGAUUUUCUAGGAUCAAGCUAGCCAAAUUAAUUGAGAGGGAAGAUGCAUUUUCAGAUGGUUCGUUGGAGGAAAAUAUCCAUCAGCAGCAUGGAAGGAUUCUUAGAAGCAAGCAAUCCAAAUUUGUUGAAAGGGAAGAUGCAAUUUCAGAUGAUUCUCUUGAGGACAGUACUCACUGGCAGCACAGAAGAAUUCCUAGAAGCAAAAUGGCCAAAUUUGUCGAGAGGGAAGAUGCAGCUUCAGAUGAUUUGCAGGAGGAUGAUGGUCAUCAGCAUCACAGAAGAAUUCCAAAACGCAAAAAGGCCAACUCUAUUGAGAGUGAAGAUGUAGUUUCUGAUGAUCUGUGGCAGAAUAAUAUUCAUCGGCACCUUAGGAAGACUCCUAGAGGCAAGCAACCCAAUAUAGUGGAGAGGGAAGAAGCUGUUUCAGAUGACUUACUGGAGAAUAGUUCUGAUCAGCAGGACAGGAUUAUUCUUCGAAGCAAGCAGAAGAAAUCUUCAAUGAAACAAGGGAUUCCUCGGCAACUGAAACAGAGUGCCCCUAAGAUGAUAAAAAAAGAGACCCCACAAUUAAUGAAACAAGAGAGACAAAUAAAGCCAGAAACUCCUCAGCUUCGGUUUGGUAAAAGUGAUAUGAAUGCUAGACAGUUUGAUUCACAUGCUGAAGAGGAGCGAGGUGGACCUUGCAUGCGCCUCAGGAAAAGACUCUCAAAGGCUCCAAAACAGUCGUUAACAAGGCUGAAAGAGAAGCAGAACAUCAAGAAAAAAGUGAAGGAUGCUACAGCAGUGAAGGCUCCAGCUGGGCGAAAGAAUGUUAAAAUGAAAGACGAGGAGGCAGAAUAUCAGUGUGACAUUGACGGGUGCAGAAUGAGUUUUGUAUCGAAACAGGAGCUUGCACUGCACAAAAGAAACAUUUGUCCAGUCAAGGGGUGUGGAAAGAAGUUUUUCUCGCACAAAUAUCUGGUGCAGCAUCGCCGAGUCCAUAUAGAUGACCGCCCUCUCAAGUGCCCUUGGAAGGGAUGCAAGAUGACAUUCAAGUGGGCAUGGGCCCGGACCGAACAUAUCAGGGUUCACACAGGUGCUCGUCCUUAUGUAUGUGCUGAGGAAGGCUGUGGCCAGACAUUCAGAUUUGUGUCAGAUUUCAGUCGUCACAAGCGGAAGACUGGUCAUUUGGCAAAGAAAGGCCGGGGGUAAUAUAAAAAACAAAUGUAAUUUAACAUUGCUAAUGAAUUUGUUCAAUUGACAGGGUAGGGCUAGGCUUAUUCGAUACGGAUUAGAGUUUCCCUGUAAUUGUCAUCCAGAGUAGCAAUUAAUUCUCUUCAGUAGGGGUUUAAUUGGCCCUUCCCAUUUACUGCAACCUGAGCAGUUGCUUGGAUGUUGAAACAAAUUAUUCUCCAAUGAUUUCCACAUGUUAGUUCUUGUUUCAA